UAAGCCAAAAAUCCUGAGCAGGCACAGGUUUACUGUUCUGAGAUCCAAAAGCUUGAGUCAGCAGGUUACAUCGCAAAGAUAACACCACAAGAGGCAAACCACUCCACAGAGUCAUGGUUUAUCCCACACUACCUGGUGCAUCAUAAUGGAAAAGAUCGUAUCGUCUUUAACUGCUCCUUCCAGUAUAAUGGCCAAAGUCUAAAUGAACAACUUCUUCCUGGGCCAACACUAGGACCAUCUCUGUUGGGGGUGAUAUUGAGGUUCCGACAGCAUGCCGUUGCAGUGAGUGGGGAUAUCAAAGGCAUGUUUCACCAAGUGCGUCUGUUACCUGGGGACCGGCCUGUGCUGCGAUUCAUCUGGAGGAAUAUGAAUAGGGAGGCAGUUCCGGACAUUUACGAGUGGCAGGUUCUUCCAUUUGGCACAACAUGCAGCCCGUGCUGUGCCAUUUAUGCCCUUCAGUGCCAUUCCCAGGAAAACAGAGAAAGUAGGCCAGACCUAGCUGAUAUUGUGGAGACCUCAUUUUAUGUCGACAACUGCCUUCACAGUACCCCCAAUCAGGAUGAAGCCAAAGCUAUAAUUGAUGGCCUACGUGAGUCACUGUUAAAGGGAGGCUUUGAAAUCCGACAGUGGGCGUGCAACGUACCUUCUGUCCUGAAGCAUCUUCCAUCAGAGGCUAUAUCGGCUAGUAGCGAGUGCUGGUUGUCCCAGAGUAGCUCUUACCUGCAGGAACUCACACUUGGCUUGCAAUGGAACUGUAUUGAUGACACCCUUGGUUAUAAAACCCGCAUAGCCGAACCCAUCCAGCCAACAAUGAGAAACCUGUACAAAACCCUGGCUAGUCAGUUUGACCCCCUGGGCUUUAUUAUACCCUUUACCACUAGGGCUAAAACCUUGAUUCAGGAUCUCUGGAAACAAAACCUAAGCUGGGAUGACCCUAUCGAACCCUUAUACUUGCGUGAUAAAUGGUCCACAUGGGUUGCAGAACUGUCCCAUAUCACUACAGUACAAUUCGCCAGACCAUACGCUCCUGCAAUGUCAGAUACUCCCUCCACCAUCAGAGAGUUACAUGUAUUCUGUGACGCCUCAGAAAGGGCAUAUGGCUCGGUGGCCUAUCUUCAAAUCCGGAAUGAGGAGAAGGUCCAUGUAUCCUUUGUCCUAGCUCCUCUAGAGUGGCUCCUCGCAAAUGUUUAUCGAUGCCCCGCCUGGAGUUGUGUGCUGCACACUCUGGCGCUCAGAUGUCAAAGGUCAUACAAGCUGAGCUUACUAUCCCCAUACACCAAGUUACACAUUGGACCGACUCAACUACUGUGCUGCAUUGGCUAAAGUCAGAAUCUUGCCGGUACAAAGGGUUCGUAGGGUCGAGAGUAGCUGAAAUUCAGACACUGACAGAUGUGUCCAAGUGGAGGUAUGUUGACUCCAAUAGAAACCCUGCCGACCACAUUACCAGGGGGCUUACUUUAGAGGAAAUAGCAGGCCCUCACCAGUGGAGAUAUGGACCAUCAUUCUUGACUCAACCACAGGAAGUAUGGCCAGUGACGCCCAGUACAAAGUCUGAACCUGAUAUGAAUGAAGUCAAACGAGCAUCGUUUAUUGCAGCCAUUAGAGUUACCCCAAGCCCAGUACCAGCAGACCUCAGUCAGUUUAGAACUUGGAAGGAACUUCUUCAAGCAACUGUCAUGUCUUGUGAUGGGGCGGCUGACACUGAAACUACAAGUGAUGCCUCAAAGUAUAUACAGGCAGAAAAGCUUCUCUUAGCGCAUGCUCAGCUUGAUUCAUUCCCAGUGGAAUUCAGAGCCCUGAAAGCUGGACAGCCCAUUCCGACAGAUAGCCGUUUGAGUUUUCUUGCUCCAGAAUUCGACAAAGAUGCUGAGUUGAUAAGAGUGGGUGGACGUCUCCGUCGUGCUGAAACACUGUCAUUUGAUACUAUUCACCCGAUUGUUCAAGACUCUCACCAUCAAGUUACAAAGUUACUGAUCCAAGACAUAGAUCAACAACUCCAUCACCCUGGUGCAGAACGAGUACUAGCAGAGCUAAGGCGUCGAUAUUGGGUGCUUAGAGGUCGCGAAGCUGUGCGGAAACACCAGCAUUUCUGUCAUAACUGCCAAUUCUGGCGUGCCAAGCCACAGAACCCACAAAUGGCCGACCUACCACCAUGCCGACUACGUCUGUUUAAACCACCAUUUUACUCUACGGGCAUAGACUGCUUCGGACCCUUUCACAUAAAGAUAGGCCGGCGCAGGGAGAAAAGAUGGGGGAUCUUAUUCAAGUGUUUAACCACAAGAUGUUUGCAUCUUGACCUACUUGAACAUCUAGAUACUGAUGCCUUCCUUCUGUCUCUAUGACGUUUCAUAUCCCGUAGAGGGAAGCCUGCUGAAAUACUCUGUGAUAAUGGGACUAACUUUGUAGGAGGGGACCACGAGUUAAGAGACUCAUUUAAGCAAAUGGCCCCAAAGCUUCAGACACAGCUAGCUCAACAGCAGAUUCAGUUUAGAUUUAACCCACCAAACGCACCUCACUUUGGUGGAACCUGGGAGCGAGAAGUGAAAUCGGUUAAGGCUGCUUUGCAAGUCAUUCUUCGGGAACAAUGUGUACCAGAGUCUGUCCUACAAACCUUACUAGUGGAGGUGGAGGGCAUACUAAAUUCCAAACCCUUGGGCUACGUCUCAUCUGACAUUGCCGACCCAGAUCCUGUAACCCCAAAUAUGUUACUAAUGGGACGUCAUGAUGCCUCCUUGCCCCAAGUCCUUUAUGACUCUAACGAGAUGCUGGGUAAACGCAGGUGGCGACACAGUCAAGUACUGGCUGACCAAUUCUGGGCUGCAUUUGUCCAUCGCUACUUACCAGAACUACAGGGCAGGCAAAAAUGGAGAACAGAUGGUAAAGGGCUGGUAGUCGGCCAAGUUGUACUACUAAUAGAUAAUCAACUCCCGCGUGCGCUGUGGCCUGUGGGAACUGUUACAGAGACCUAUGCAGGGGCGGACGGGAGGAUUCGAACUGCCAAAGUCCAAGUCAAGGAUAAGUCGUAUCUGAGGCCUGUUGUAAAACUCAUUCAAAUUCCGGAAAUGAAGGAUAAAGACACGGAAACCAAAGAUGGCCUUUCUUAAGGUUUACAAUUAUCUUUAUCGAUAAUUGGGGGCGGCUAUGUCAGAAAGCCCACUAGGAACUGAAAAUAUUUAGCGAGUUUCACACGGACUGUUAUUAGCGGUGUAACUUCCCAUACUCAGAUGCCGGGCCAGAUCACAAUGCGCUCCUUUUCUUCCGACAUGUUGUGCGUUCAUGCACUAAAUACCACAACAUACUUGGAAAGUUUGAUGGCACUGACUGCUUAAUAAUUGUUAUUAAAGAAGUUUGAAGAGGA